UUAUAGCGCUGUUGCGCCAUACCUUUAUUGUGUAUUUUAUACUAUUUGCAUUGUAUGAUAUAAAAUUGAUCAACGUCGUAAUUUUAAUAACGGCUGAAUGUAACAAGUUUGACAUUCUUAUCUUUUUUAGCAAAUUUCUAUGUUGUAUCUUCUCAUAAUUUUUGUAAAAUAUGUUAUUACAAAUAGAAUAAGAAUUUGUAAUAAAAUGUAAAAAUGAAAAAUUGUAUCAUAUUAUAAACGCUUCCGGGUAUAUAUUACAUGGUUAUAAUGCUUCGUUGAAAUUGUAUUCCAGUGUGAUCUGUAUCGACAUUAUGCAUUAAUUACUGCUUUAUUAAAUUAUUAUAUUUUUUUAUAAAAAAAUGGGAGAUGACUGCAACGUAACGAUAAAAGAGGCAUUUCAAGAACCUCGAAAAAGAUUUUGGCUGAUAACUUCAGUUCGCUGAAAUGCAUAGAAAAGGAUUUUAUACUAUUUCUAAUUAUUCAGAAUGUCUUACUGUUUACUUAGUUUAACCACUAUACUUAGAUCAAGAAAAAGACCAAAAAGUGAUGUGGUUAGUGUUAACUCCAUGGACAUAUCUCUAGAAUCAGAUGCUGGGAAAAAGAAAAAACGACGUAGAAUUACAGAGGUGGCCAGUAGUAUAUUUUCUUCUAGCACUUUGAGUAUAAAAGUUGGAAAUACUCUCCAUAGAUCAUUUAGCAUUCAACAAAACACAGAUGAUUUUUCAUUUACUGAUGAAGAUGCACAUGCUAAUACAAUAAAGAAAAAACGGAGAAACAGUUCAGGUGGUACAAAUAAUUUUACACUUAGAAGUUGGUUGCUAGAUAUAGCAAAUGCAAAUAUUAAAGACACAUUAAAUAGCACUUUAGGUCAAAAAGAAGUAAAAAGACAAGAGGCUAUUUAUGAAUUAUGUUGUGGAGAAAACUUACUCCUUGAUGAACUUAUCAUUCUUCGUGAUGAUUAUUAUGAACCAUUGAUAUCUAGUAAUAUAUUCAAUUCAGAAGAAAUACGUACACUUUUUAGCGACCUUACAAAUCUUAUUGAAAUUCAUAGUAAUUUACGAGAUGAGUUAAUCAAUCUACGAGAUUGUUCUGGAUUUACAGACAAUGUAGGCGCUACAAUUCUCAAUUGGCUGCCAAAAUUAGCAGAACCUUAUUUAGAAAGAUGUAGAACACAAGUAUGGGCAAGGCAUUUACUUGAAGAAAAAAAAGCAACUAAUAAACGUUUCCAGGUAUUUUUAAAAAGAAGAUUAGGAUCACCUCAUUCUCUUGAUUUAUGGGCUUACUUAGAUGUACCACGAUCAAGAAUAGUUAAAUAUCCUUUGUUAAUAAAGGAAAUAUUAAGACAUACUACUGUCGAUCAUUUAGAUCAAAUUCCUUUAAAGGAAUCAAUUAAUAAACUCACAGAAUUACUUCAGAAUAUUGAUAAAACUAUGGGGAAAGCUGAAUGUAAAUUAGCUCAAACAAAAAUCAAUAUAAAAAAUGAAUAUGAUUCAACUGAAUGUAUUAGUAAUGCUACAGAAUUGAUUACAGAAGGACAAUUAAAAGAUCCAAGAGGAAUGAAACUUCAUUGUUUUCUUUUUGAUACGUGUUUUGCUAUGACACGCUCUACAAGACGUAUACCUAAAAAAUAUAAUCUAUCUUCUCCUGUUAUACCAAGAGAGCAAAUAUCAUUAUGUGCUGAACAGAAGAAUUGUACAGAUUUUGGCUUCAAAAUAGGUGAUUACUUUCUCAUAUCAGAAGAUAAACAUGGUAAACGGCAUUGGACUGAUGCAUGCAAUAAAAUUAUUAAUUCUUUACGUUCUAAAGAAAAUAACAAAAAUGAAAAUAAACCAAAUUUAACACUGCCAACACCUAAUCGGUCUAUAAGAAAAUCAGGGAAUAGUACAUAUGAAAACUUUACCUUUUCCUUAAAAAAAAAUGUUUUAAAACAAAAACAAAAUAGUAUUUCUUUUGAUAAAUAACACAAAAUUAUACAAUUGCACAAUAUAUAAAAAUAAGCUUUUUUUGCAAUUAUUUUAUUUUAAUACAAGUAAUUGUUUUUAUGUAAUUUUAAUGUGUAUUUUAAACAUUUGUACAAUAGUAUUAAUUAAAUGUAUAUUUAGAUGGAAAAUACCGCUACUAGUACUUAUAUCAGUACUUAUAAUUUUUUAAUUCAAACUAAUAUAUGUAUUUUAUAUUAAAUUACUUGUGAAUUGUUUUGUGAUGGAAUCAUUCCACUAUACUGUAUUAAUAUAAUAUUAAUUAUAAUUAUGAACAUGUAAUAA